CACAAGGUCAGGUAAUGAUUCACAGACUAAGGCCGGCAUUUUGAUUUUCAUUGAAAGUUAUUUUAUACAUUUUAAAUCAUAAAAUUGAAAAAAAUGACUGAGAAUCUUGAACAAAAGGGUAGAUCUCAACAGUUCAAAAACAAAGGAAAGGAUGCUGAGGAAAUGCGUAGAAGAAGAACUGAAGUAACCAUAGAAUUAAGAAAGAACAAAAGAGAGCAACAUGUUCUGAAAAGGAGAAAUGUUCCUGCCCAGGAUAGUACAGAUUCUGACGAAAUUGAAAAGUUACCAAAUCAGUCAUUAAAGACUAUUGUUGAGAAUGCCGCUAGCGAAGAACCAAAUGUCCAGCUGAGUGCUGUUCAAGCAGCAAGGAAAUUACUUUCAAGUGACAGAAAUCCACCAAUAGACGAUUUGAUUUCAUCAGGAAUUUUACCAAUACUUGUUAAUUGUUUAUUGAAAGAUGACCUUCCAUCUUUGCAGUUUGAAGCAGCAUGGGCUCUUACAAACAUAGCAUCAGGAACAUCACGGCAGACUCAAGCUGUAGUUAAUGCUGGUGCAGUUCCAUUAUUUCUAAGACUUUUAUCAUCACCACAUCAAAAUGUAUGUGAACAGGCUGUAUGGGCUCUAGGAAAUAUAAUAGGUGAUGGACCUGAAUGUAGAGACUAUGUGAUAAAAGAAGGUGCUGUGAAGCCACUACUGGCCUUUAUAAAUCCUAGUAUUCCAUUACCUUUCCUCAGAAAUGUAGCAUGGGUUAUUGUUAAUUUAUGUAGAAAUAAAGAGCCGCCUCCUCCAUUGGAAACUAUACAAGAAAUUUUACCAGCUUUGAACCAGUUAAUACACCACACAGAUAUAAAUAUUUUAGUUGAUACAGUAUGGGCAUUAUCCUAUUUAACGGAUGGUGGUAAUGAACAGAUACAGAUGGUGAUAGAUUCAAGCGUUGUCCCGUUUUUAGUUCCUUUAUUAAGUCAUCCUGAUGUAAAAGUACAGACAGCAGCACUUAGAGCUGUUGGUAAUAUUGUAACUGGUACGGACGAACAGACUCAAAUAGUAUUAUCAUGUGAUGCUUUGUCACACUUUCCUUCAUUACUUACACAUCCUAAAGAAAAGAUCAAUAAGGAAGCAGUAUGGUUUUUAUCUAACAUCACAGCUGGAAACCAGACACAAGUUCAAGCUGUUAUAGAUGCUGGAUUAAUUCCAUUAAUAAUUCAUCAUUUAGUUAGGGGUGACUUUCAAACAAAGAAAGAAGCAGCAUGGGCUAUAAGUAAUUUAACUAUAAGUGGAAGGAAAGAACAGGUACAUUUUGUGGUAGAAAACGGAGUUAUUCCUCCAUUCUGUGACUUACUCAGUGUAAAAGACACUCAAGUAGUUAAUGUUGUUUUGGAUGGUAUAAAUAAUAUUUUGAAAAUGGCUGGAACUGAAGUGGAUCAUAUUUGUCAGCUUAUUGAAGAAUGUCAAGGCUUAGAUAAAAUAGAAACUUUACAAAAUCAUGAGAAUGAAGAGAUAUAUAAACUAGCAUAUGAUAUAAUUGAUCAGUAUUUCUCUGAAGAUAUUGAAGAAGAUCCUAACCUUGCUCCAGAACAACAAAAUAAUGCUUUCCAGUUUGAUCCUAAUGCACAGGUACCUCAGGAAGGAUUUAAGUUUUGACAGACCUAUAGCCUGAAUGAAUACUUGUUUUACAUGCUGUGAUGUCAAAAACUUGUCUUAUAUUUCAUCUAUCAGCAGUAAUGGAGAAUUCAGAAAGUCAAUGCCAUGGCAGAAAUUUUAAGUUAGACUCUGGAAUUCUGUCAUUUCCAAUUAAUAUAUCAUGGUUUCCAUAGCAACAGUUUAAUGUUGCCAAAGAACUAUGGUCAUCAGAAUUGCCUAUGCUAGUGCUAUUGAUAGUAUUUAUUUACAAUUCAGAAACAGUUCGGUUUUUUGGCUGAAUAAAAAAUGAAGUUCUUUUUUUUUAUUAUUUAAUAAAAUGCAGUCAAGUCUACUAGUCUAGAUGCAUAAUUCUGAUAUGAAUAGAAACAAUAUUCAUAGAUAAAAAUAUGUAGUAUUUCAGAAGUUCUUAUGGUCUAAUGAAUGCUUGAAAAUACUGAAAACUUUAUUUGUUUACACUUACACAGACUUGUAAAUAAAGUGUAUACUUAUAUGUAGUCAUGUGUAUAAUUAAAUGUGGAUAUUG